AUGGAAAGCUCUGCUGACUGCUACUCUCAUAGCCUUCAUAAGGUACUUUCACAAAACGUUUUCGGACUUCUCUUGCUGUGUUCUCCAGUCUUUCUUCUUCUUUUCUCUUCCGCAGAUGCUGCUCUGGAGUCAAGCAUGGCGAAAUUGAUAUCACACUUGUCUGAACUACUGCGAGGAAACCACAUUUGUUUCCAUCCAGCACCAAGUCAACAGGUAGAGAAGCAAAUACUUCGUCCUAGUACUUUCGCCGGCCUACCUUUUCCAUCCAGUCAUGAAAUUAUAUACUCAAGGACUACUACCUAA